CCCGAUUAAGAUGGCGGCGCCCGGGGUCCUCUGGUGCGGCCGCAGAGGGUGCCACCGCCCUAGGCGAGGUCGGGCCGCCCCGCGCCAAAGAACCGCCCCCAGCACCACCACCACCACGGCUUAGAGCAGAAUCCCCAGACCCCGCCCGGGACGGCUGCUGCACCAUGGAUUCUUGCAGUUCAUCUAACCCUCGUUUCUCCAUCGGCUCCACUAGUCCCGGCGCUGUCGUGCUCCCGUACUCGAAGGAGCUCAAAAAGUGGGAUGAGUUUGAAGAUAUUUUAGAAGAGAGGAGACAUGUCAGUGACUUGAAAUUUGCAAUGAAAUGCUACACACCUCUUCUCUAUAAGGGCAUUAUUCCUUGUAAGCCAAAUGAUAUUAAAUGUACUGUUCUCAAUUCUGAAGAGGUUCAUUAUGUUAUCAAACAGCUUUCCAAGGAAUCCCUCCAAACCGUUGAUUGCCUCCGAGAGGAGGUUUGUGAGAUCUUGGAUGAAAUGAGCCACAAGCUACGUGUAGGAGUCAUCCGGGUUUUUGCCUUUGCCCUGAGCAAAAUAUUUAAGCAGAUUUUCUCAAAAGUGUGUGUCAACGAAGAAGGUAUUCAGAAACUACAACGAGCCAUCCAGGAGCAUCCAGUUGUUCUGCUGCCUAGUCAUCGAAGUUACAUUGACUUUCUGAUGUUGUCUUUUCUUUUAUACAAUUAUGAUUUACCUGUACCAGUCAUAGCAGCAGGAAUGGACUUCCUAGGAAUGAAAAUGAUUGGCGAGCUGUUGCGGAUGUCGGGCGCCUUUUUCAUGCGGCGUACCUUUGGCGGCAAUAGACUCUACUGGGCUGUGUUUUCUGAAUACGUAAAAACUAUGUUACGGAAUGGUUAUGCUCCUGUUGAAUUUUUCCUCGAAGGGACAAGAAGCCGCUCAGCCAAGACAUUGACUCCUAAAUUAGGUCUUCUGAAUAUUGUGAUGGACCCAUUUUUUAAAAGAGAAGUCUUUGAUACCUACCUUGUUCCAAUUAGCAUCAGUUAUGACAAGAUAUUGGAAGAAACUCUUUAUGCUUAUGAGCUCCUCGGGGUUCCUAAGCCAAAAGAAUCUACAACUGGACUGUUGAAAGCCAGGAGGAUUCUCUCUGAAAAUUUUGGAAACGUCCAUGUUUACUUCGGAGACCCUGUGUCACUUCGAUCUCUGGCAGCUGGGAGGAUGAUUCGAAGUCCAUAUAACCUGGUUCCCAGAUACAUUCCUCAGAAACAGUCAGAAGACAUGCAUGCCUUUGUCACUGAAGUCGCCUACAAAAUGCAGCUAUUACAGAUUCAGAACCUGGUUCUGAGUCCAUGGGCCCUAACAGUUGCUGUUCUGCUUCAGAAUCGACCUUUCAUGGACUUUGAUACUCUGGUGGAAAAGACUUUAUGGCUGAAAGGCUUAACCCAGGCCUUUGGGGGGUUUCUCACUUGGCCCGACAAUGAACCUGCUGAAGAAGUUAUCCAUUCUAGCAUUCUUCUGCAUUCCAACAUCGUCAGCCUUGUCAAAGACCAGGUGAUUCUGAACAUGAACUCUGGAGACUCAGAAGUGGUUGAUGGACUUAUUUUCCAGCACAUCACUCUCCUCACGUGCUCAGCUUACAGGAACCAGUUACUCAAUGUUUUUGUCCGUCCUUCCUUAGUAGCUUUGGCAUUGCAGAUGACACCUGGCUUCCGGAAAGAGGAUGUCUACAGUUGCUUUUGCUUUCUACGCAGUGUUUUCUCAGAUGAGUUCAUCUUUCUUCCAGGAAACGCGCUAAAGGACUUUGAAGAAGGCUGUUACCUACUUUGUAAAACUGAGACUGUACAAUUGACGGCAAGGGACAUCCUAGUUACAGAGAAAGGAAAUACUGUGUUAGAAUUUUCGGUAGGACUCUUUAGGCCUUUUGUGGAAUGUUAUCAGAUAAUUUGCAAAUACCUCUUGAAAGAAGAAGAAGAACACUUCACUGAGAAACAGUACUUAGCUGGAGUUAGGAAAUUCACAGGUCAGCUUCUCGAUCAAGGUGCCUCACAGUGUUACGAUGUGUUAUCUUCCGAUGUACAGAAAAAUGCCUUAGCAGCUUUUGUGAGGCUAGGUGUGCUGGAAAAGAGGAAGGUAAAUAAUGACUGUGUAUUUUAUGUGAAUGAAACUGCCACAACAAGAUUAGAAGAAAUGCUUGGUUGUAAGAUACCAGUAGGAAAACCAGUGACAGCAAAACUUUAAUAAUCACUGAGCAGUUAUGGAAAAUUUGUUCAUAUAAUUACUGUCAUCCAAGGAGUCUUAUUACAACAACCAGAAAAGUAAGGGAAGAGACUCAUGUUCUCAUCCUCCGUAAGACUCUGAGAACACUGUGCUCAGGUGAGCAGAAGAAAUGAUGGGUUUAAGAAAUGAAUGUAAUCUCCACUACAAUGGCUAAGGCAUUUGUAUCCAGCUCUGUGUGUGUUUUAAAAUAAAAGCCUUUUGAAA